GGAGGAGCCUCUGCCAGAGUGGAGAGAAGCAGGCCUGAGCCUCCCCAAAGGCAGCUCCUGGGGACUCCCAGGACCGCAGGCUGAGACGAGAAGCAGGGUGGCUGGAGGAAGUGAGAGGUGAACUCAGCCUGGGACUGGCUGGGUGAGACUCUCCACCUGCUCCCUGGGACCAUCGCCCACCAUGGCCGUGGCCCAGCAGCUGCGGGCCGAGAGUGACUUUGAACAGCUUCCAGAUGACGUUGCCAUCUCGGCCAACAUUGCCGACAUCGAGGAGAAGAGAGGCUUUACCAGCCACUUUGUUUUCGUCAUCGAGGUAAAGACAAAAGGAGGAUCCAAGUACCUCAUCUACCGCCGCUACCGCCAGUUCCAUGCUUUGCAGAGCAAGCUGGAGGAGCGCUUCGGGCCAGACAGCAAGAGCAGUGCCCUGGCUUGUACCCUGCCCACACUCCCAGCCAAAGUCUAUGUGGGUGUGAAACAGGAGAUCGCCGAGAUGCGGAUACCUGCCCUCAACGCCUACAUGAAGAGCCUGCUCAGCCUGCCGGUCUGGGUGCUGAUGGAUGAGGACGUCCGGAUCUUCUUUUACCAGUCGCCCUAUGACUCAGAGCAGGUGCCCCAGGCACUCCGCCGGCUCCGCCCACGCACCCGGAAAGUCAAGAGCAUGUCUCCACAAGGCAACAUUGUUGACCGCAUGGCAGCUCCGAGAGCAGAGGCUCUAUUUGACUUCACUGGAAACAGCAAACUGGAGCUGAAUUUCAAAGCAGGAGAUGUGAUCUUCCUCCUCAGUCGGAUCAACAAAGACUGGCUGGAGGGCACUGUCCGGGGAGCCACAGGCAUCUUCCCUCUCUCCUUCGUGAAGAUCCUCAAAGACUUCCCUGAGGAGGACGACCCCACCAACUGGCUGCGUUGCUACUACUACGAAGACACCAUCAGCACCAUCAAGGACAUCGCGGUGGAGGAAGAUCUUAGCAGCACUCCCCUAUUGAAAGACCUGCUGGAGCUCACUAGGCGGGAGUUCCAGAGGGAGGACAUCACUCUGAAUUACCGGGACGCUGAGGGGGAUCUGGUUCGGCUGCUGUCGGAUGAGGACGUGGCACUCAUGGUGCGGCAGGCUCGCAGCCUCCCCUCCCAGAAGCGCCUCUUCCCCUGGAAGCUGCACAUCACGCAGAAGGACAACUACAGGGUCUACAACACGAUGCCAUGAGCUGACGGUGUGGUGUCCCUGGAGCAGUGAGGGGACACCAGCAAGAACCUUCAGCUCUCAGAGGAGAUUAGGACCAGGAAAACCUGGGAGGACGGGUGGACUUCCCAUCUUUGAGGCUAAUGGACCCGUGGGGCUUGUAAUCUGUCUCUUUCUACUCUUUACAUCUGAUUUAAAUAAACCAUUCCAUCUGAAAGGGG